CGAGUACACUACCUCGGCCACUCAUGGAUGACCUGUCAACACCUUUGAUUUCCCAUUCCUACACAUGGCGUUUUGCAGCUGGGUCACCUUGAAAGAACUUUGAUUCCGCAGGCGUGGUGGCCCUGAAGGGUGUCGUGUUGUGUUCGGAGCGGCUGUUCUGCUCCUGCUCCGUGUUUCGUGUCAGAGAAAAGGUUGUACGUGUUCUUUUGAGCGAUUUUCGUCACUCCACUGCGAUCAUCACCCACUUUCUCGUUCCGAAACUGUGCACUGUCUUAAAGAUUCACAAUGAGUGACAUUGCUCAAUGGUUUAAAGGGCUACCCACCUUCACGAGGUACUGGUUGGGGCUGACUCUUGGCUUUUCCAUUCUUGGACGAUUUGGCCUACUGAAAGCACACCAGCUUAUUCUCCUUUAUGAACCCUUCAUUAAAUAUUUCCAGAUCUGGAGGGCUGGCACAGCAUUGUUUUAUUAUCCUUUGUCUCCAGCAACAGGAUUUCACUUCAUGAUAAAUUGUUAUUUUCUUUAUAAUUAUUCAUUAAAACUAGAAACAGGAGUUUUCGAUGGCCGUCCUGCUGAUUAUUGCUUCAUGCUCCUCUACAAUUGGAUAUGUUGUGUGAUUGUUGGCCUGAUUGUGGAGAUACCAUUUUUGAUGGAUCCCAUGGUGCUGAGUGUGCUGUACGUAUGGUGCCAACUCAACAGGAAUGUCAUUGUAAACUUCUGGUUUGGUACCCAGUUUAAAGCCAUGUACCUUCCCUGGGUUCUUUUUGCCUUCAACCUCAUUAUUUCUGGCGGUGGCAUCCUGGAGCUUGUGGGAAUCCUUAUUGGCCACUUGUACUUUUUCCUUACAUUCCAACUUCCUCAGGAGAUGGGAGGACCAACUUUCUUGUCUACUCCACAGAUUUUGUACAAGUACUUCCCCAAUCAACGAAACGCUGUUCAUGGAUUUGGUGCUCCACCGACAAACCGCAGAGCAGCAGAAGGUGCCCCUGCAGCAGGUGGUAGACAUAGUUGGGGCCGAGGACAUGUCCUUGGAAAUAAUUGAAGAACAACAAAAUCUUUUCUCUCUUUCUGUCCUGUAGGAUAUAUAUACUGUUACCUCCAUAUCUAAUGGUUGUUUCUAAAAUAUCUGUAUUUUACAAUGCAUAGUAUUUGGAAGUUGACAAAGAUUCCAUUUAUUGUUGAUGAAUUGUAAAAUUUGACUUUUGACAUUUAAUUGUGCUCUCACCAAUCUCAUGUUGUGAGCUUAGAAUUCUGUGUUUUAGAAGUAACAAAUCAUCUCACUUCUUCCUAAUAUCUCUUCUUUAAAAUGCAGCAUUUCGUGUUAUGCUGGUUUAGUGUAUUUGUGAGUUCAGUUGCAUUGCUUUUUCUUCAAUAAUCAUAUUUUUCUGAAGAUGUACAAUUUUUCUAUUGUCAUUAUUUGUUUGUCAAUUUUGUUACCAUUUUAUGUUUAUACAAAUCUCAAUAGCUUAAGCUAUUGUGUAACUUAAAUCCUAAUUCCUAUUCGUGCUUCAUCCCAAAAUGAGUAAUUUGUAGCUGUGUGUUUCCAUUUUCCAUUCAAUAGCUGUGAGUUACAGAAGCAUAGCUUGAUUAUCUACAUACCAAGGUGAAACUCUUCACUCCUAAAACUGGUGAAUUUUAUCCUUACUUUCUAAUUUGGAUACAUCAGAGUGAAUAGAUGUGACUUCCUAAUAGGUAAAUAACAUCAUGGGUGUAGGUAUGUUAAAAAAUGCAAUUGGUUGGGGUUUUACCACCCUAAGAUAAUAACUUCAAUUUUGUUGUUUCCUGUUAUUUAUUGUGAAGUGUACAUGAUAUUUUGACUCCUAAGGGAAAAUGAAAUGGUGUAAUGACUGAAGUGCAUGUGUGUAUAUUUUAUGUGUUUAAUAAAUUCAAGGAAGGUGAUCAGAA